CUCAUUUUAAAACCCUAGCCCAAAAUAAAGUGCUAGGGUUUUUCUUGUCCUCCUCAUCUCAGCCUAUAAAUUCCUCACCUCUUUUCCUCUCGGAGAUCUGAGCAGCGUCGGCCGUCGGGUGUGUUUUCCUGAUCUACUGUUACACCCAGGUCUUUGCAAAGCUACAGUCUGUAGUAUUCUUUGGCAGGCUCUGACAUUCUGAAAAAAUGAGCCGGCCAAUGGAAGAAGAUGGUGGUAAGAAUGAGGAAGAGGAGUUCAACACAGGACCGCUCUCUGUUCUGAUGAUGAGUGUUAAGAACAACACUCAGGUGCUCAUCAAUUGUCGGAACAACAAAAAGCUUCUAGGUAGAGUAAGAGCCUUUGAUCGGCACUGUAAUAUGGUUCUAGAGAAUGUUAGGGAGAUGUGGACUGAGGUACCAAAGAGUGGGAAGGGCAAGAAGAAGGCAUUGCCAGUUAACAAGGAUAGAUUUAUCAGUAAAAUGUUCCUUCGCGGUGACUCAGUUAUUAUUGUUCUUAGGAAUCCUAAGUAACUUUGACUGACUUAGUUAACUAUUUGAAUUUGAAUGAAUUGAGGAGGGAGUUUUUGUAUCUGUAACAUGAACUCAAGCUGAAGAUAUUCAUGGAUAUGUAUUCUGCAAAAUCCAUGUCUGCUGGAUGCUGAAACAUGACGAUCAAGAGCAUGGUUGUAGUGUAUUUUGUGGAAGCAGUAGUAACGAUUUUGUAUAUUCGAAAA